AUGUUGGAUCCGGCAUACGAGCAUAUUGUUCUUGUUCACUACAGAGAUAUUGGCAAGCGGAGGGAGAAUAAUGGAUCAGCACCUCAGUUCUCCACACUUUCAUCCUUUACCUUCAGUCCCAGUCCUUACUCUUUUGCAACUGACCAGCCAGAAUCUUCUUUUGUUAUCGACGAAUCUCGCGAAUUGUAUCACAAUGAAUCUAGUCCAAGCUCUGUGGAGAUUACCUCUGUCUUCAUCGAGAAUGAGGCGUCAAAUGAUCUGGAAAAUGUGCUGGGGAGUUAUGAAAACUCUAGCCGGCCACCAAAUGAUGCAGUUGACGUUUGUGAAGAGAUGCUAUAUAGCUCAAAUGAUGUGCCUAAUGAUGAGUUGCAAGAACAAUUUGGAAGACCAAAUGCUCUCUCUCUAUUUAUCAAAGAAGCGGAUUCUCUGGAAUAUCCCGCAUAUUCUCCUGGCCCCCAUGCUUACAGAAGCACUCCUGACUGCUACUCAUCGUUAUUCGAGCAAGACGUGUUGAGAAUUCUUCUUGAAAACAACAUAAGUGUGACCAUUUCCCAAAAGCAGAAAUCUUCAUUGUUGGGUCUUUCCUAUGCGACCCAUCAGAUCAGAGUCUUCAUGAUUGGAGACACUCAAGUCCCAGCUCAGUUGAUUCAGGAAGGAGUCUUAUGCUGCCAUGCCCCCCUCCUCACCUGCAAGGAAAAGUCCACAUCAUCGUUACUUGUGGGAAUCGGGAAUCCUGCAAUGCUACUACUAUCGAAUGCGCUUCAAUAUGAUGAUGCUUUAGAAUCAAGAAUCGGUUUAUUGGGGAGAUCGAGAAAUUCUGAGGACUUGUGGAGCCAUAUUAUCGAUGCUCUAUUAGAACUUCUCAAGGACAAGCUGGUAAUGUGGCUUUCGUACAGGUUACAAACGAGUGCCAACAGAGAGUGCUCAUUGUCCAAGAAAGAACAAGGUAUUAUACACACGGUUGCUGGGUUGGGAUUUGAAUGGGCAUUGCAGCCGAUUCUGAAUGCUGGAGUGAGCGUUAAUUUUCGCGACAUUAAUGGAUGGACAGCUCUGCAUUGGGCUGCACGAUUCGGGAGGGAGAAAAUGGUGGCGUCGAGUGCCUCUGCCGGAGCUGUGACAUCAAUCGCCGCCACAAGGGACUCGCCGGAAAUGGCUCUCACCACCCACCUCCCAUCCCGAGACCCCCAACUCUCAGCGUGGGGUCGGUUUGUGCGGCAGCCGGUUGAUGAUGAUGACGAGGAGUGCAUAUUGAAGGCGGAGCUGGAGACAUCUGUGUCUGACAUGGCACCAUCGGCUUCUUCUCGACGUCACGUUUCUUCGUCGUGCCUAGUGGGGAACCAUGAGAUUUAUUAA